UCUUUUGAUCUCCUUAUUCAAAAAAUAAGGACAGAUUCUACAUCAAAAUUCAAAGCACAUCCAUCCAGCUCACCUGCCGAGCCAUCCUGCACAAAUUGACCUGCUGGAGUCUGGAGCGUUGGCGUUUGCUUCUUCGCAGAAGUCAGAUCUACACACACCCAGGCUGAGCCAGCACACAAUUGCCAACAUAUUGCAGAGCAAAGCCAAGCAAGAAAGGCAGGAGCAGCAGCAGUUGAAAUUCCAGAUCCCAAAGCUCCAAAAAUCCACUCCCCGAAAAGCCCAUAAAACCCACAGUUUUGUUUCUCUCUCACCCUGUCUUCCUCACUCCCAAGAGAAGCAAGCCAGCCAAAGGCGACAUUUUUCUCAUGGACGCCGGCGCCGCCACCAGCACUCGGGAGCGCCCCGCGCCGUCCUCGCCGGUUGCCGCGCUGCCGAUGCCGCUGUCGCAGGCGUCCGCCGACCCAUCCAACCCCUUCCCCACCACCUUCGUCCAGGCGGACACCACCUCCUUUAAGCAGGUCGUCCAGAUCCUCACCGGCACGCCGGAGACCGCGGCGGCCGCGGCUGCGGGAGGGGCACAGGCCUCGGCGCUGGCCCCUCAGAAGCCAGCGCCCGCACCCCCGGGGCCCAAGAAGCCGGCUUUCAAGCUCUACGAACGGCGGAGCAGCAUGAAGAGCCUCAAGAUGCUCUGCCCCCUGCUCCCGGCCGCCGCCGCCUUCGGCGCCGGUGGCUCCGCCGGCGGGUUCUCCCCGCGGGGGUUCUCGCCGCGCGGGUUGGAGGUGCUGUCGCCGAGCAUGCUGGACUUCCCAUCGCUGGCGCUGGGGAGCCCCGUGACGCCGCUGCCGCCGCUGCCGGGGUCCGAGGAGGCCGCGGCAGCCGAGGACCGCGCCAUCGCCGAGAAGGGAUUCUACCUCCACCCGUCGCCGCGCGGCAAUGCCAGCACCGGCGGCGAGCCGCAUCCGCCGCCCAGGCUGCUUCCGCUCUUCCCCGUGCAGUCGCCGACCGCGACCCGGCCGUGACCGGGCCGACCGCUCCUUGGCGUCCCCUUCAUCUACGCUCGCUCGUUCUCGGUAUGCUCUGCUCGCAGCUAAUUGCUGUGCUCCUGAAGUGGGUGGCCGGCUUGAUCUGUGGAUGAUUUGCUCCCCCCCCCCCCACCCUUCUCGCGAGCUUUGGGCUGAUUCCUGUAUGUCCUCAUGAUGUAAUCUUGGUGUUUGUAACAGUAAUUCGGCGCGUAAGAGGGAUUAAUUGAUCACCGAGUUUGAGUGCUCUUGCCUUUUCUUUUAA